GAGGAGAAGAAGAAACUAUGUGCAGCUAUAGGCCGUCCCGAUACACGUGGGUGUGAAACGAAUAGCCCUGAUAAAUGCGUUUCUUAUGGCUGUUGCUUUAGUUACGAUUUUGCUACGUGCUUUAAAGCUCCAGGUAUUUCUUUACACUCAGUUAUUUGUUAUAUGAUAACAAUAGUCGAGUAGAGGUUACACGUUCUGUGGUAUUGUCCCCGUGGUAUAUUUAACAAUUAUUGAAUGAGGAUGAGUAGGAUAUGAAGAAUUAUGGAAACAGAGGAGGUUGUUAUCCACCGAGGCGGAAGGCCGAGGUGGAUAAUAUCCUCCAAAAUCUGCAUUAUUUGAUAUGACAUCGUACUACAGCCAAAUUCAAUAAUUCUUUUAUUAUUCAUUUAAAAUAUUCCUAAGUUCUUAACAUGAUUAAAUACCUCCUCGUAAACUUUCUUAAAAACCUUGGCCUAUUUCAGCUCGGCACCGUUUCAGCAUAAUUAUAAACAGACGCCUUUGAUUUUGUUUCAGAUACUUAUCAGAAAGUAGAUAUAAUAUCCAUCGAGAAAUAUGUUUUGCGUAUCUUGCAUUUCUUCCAUCAGUUAAAGUCAGAAAUUUAGCUGUUAUGCUUCCAAUAGCCGUUUACGCUAUUUUGUUCGUUUGCUAUUGCCAGAGCAGCCUCGUUUCCAAUCCAAUAUAUCAUCUAAUCGAUGGCACGCAUCGACUCGUCUCCACUGUCAACUGAAAAAUAAAGAGACGCAGGGCUCAAACUAACAGCCGGACAACGGACAAAUAGUGUUAUUUUUAACAGUUUUAAGGUCAGAGAAGAGAACUGACCGAGCUAUAAUCUCUUUGGCCGGUCAACAUCCAAUAGUCCCAAAUUUAUUUUGAGCCCUGAACUCAGUAUCAGAGUCUAUUUGCCGAGCACCCCAACUGAAGGGAUGAUUGGUUUUAUUGAGAAUCAAGCCAAUGUCAAUCCAUGAUAUUUGCAGAUUCAAAAAGGAGGGUCUGAAUGAAUUAGUGUUUAGUGUUAUUUGCCCAUAAUUUUCAGUGUUUACAGUUAAUUUGGCCAAAUUUUUUAAUGUUUACUGUUUCCGGAAAAAAUGCUGUUUAGUGUGUGGAGUGUGGAGGGUUUUCGUAAAAAAAAAACCAGUAGUCUUUUAGCGUCAAUUCUUGUCCGGCUCUUGAAAAAUUUUCUGGAUUUCUUCUCUGAAAUCUUCGGUUGUCUUUGGACAUCUUCGACAGUCUUCGGUGGUACUUUGGAAUCCUUCAGCAGUCUUGGGGAAUCUUCGUUAGUCUUCGGACAUCUUCUGAGAUAAUCGAGAAUUGUCGGACAAUGGCUGAAAGCUCCUUGAUAUACCAAACAAAAUAAUAUUGGCUUUUUUGGAACCGCUCUUAUUUCAUUUUGGAAAAAAAAAAUUACCGCUACUAAGAGCGAAAUUUUUACUGUUAGGGUUAAAAUGCGAAAAAUUUAACUGUUUUAUGUUUCAGAGCCAAAAAACUAAGCGUUUAAUGUUAUCGAGGUACCCCCAUUCAGACCCUCAAAAGAUGGCGGUCACUUGCAGUCGUGACAUCACUGAAAAUUAUCUGACGUCUAACAUUUGCGUUGUGACGUGAUCUGAAUAACUAAUUUGCAUGGGCGUAAAUACUUUUAGGGACUGUGCAAUAAUUAUCAGGAGGGGGGCUGGAAACCAGAUGGGGGGUAUUAAGUAAGAAAAAUGCCAAGAUAGGGGGGCGGGACUUAAAUUAAAAUUACCCUUAUUGCAGGGAGGGGGGGCUAACUUUCAUUUUAUGUCAUGUGCAUUUGCAUUAAAUUGUAAAUUAAAACAAUUCCACAUGCAUUGUAAAACAGGAAAUGUACUCUCAAUGCUCAAUGUUCUUAGAAAAUGUGAAGUUCAUAUAAAAAAAUGUCAUCACAUUUUAGACUGAUGUCACCAGAUUUUUUAGUCCUUGCAAAAUAAUUAAUUUGUGUUAUAAAAUUUCUAUAAUCUUAGUAUCCAUUACAAGGCCAAAUUCAACUGAAAACAUAACUUGCAGCAACAUCUAUCAACGUCCCAAACAAACCAUUUGUACUUAGAUACUGUCCUUACAAGACAGUUUUAAGUAAAAAUUAUCACGAGAUCUGGAGGGGGGGAAGAAAUAAUUUUGCUUUUGCGAGCGGGGAGUGGCGGGACACGAGAUAAUAAUUUCCCCUUUGAAGCUCAUUUCUCAGCCCUCCCUCCUGAUGAAUUAUUGCACAUUCCCUUACAGACGUGUCAAACGCCUACAAUGCAGUAGACCGAUCUAUAUUUCAGAGCAUGUUAAGCGUGUCUAGCCUUUGAGUGAAUACGAGACUAUAGGCUGACCUUUAGUUACUGACACAACCGAGUAUUUCUUAUCUUAUUAACACAUUUAAAGGAAAGGUUUUACCAGGGUUCCUCAAAGUUUUUAAUGAAUUGUGAAGAAAACCAGUUCCGGCCUCAAGUUCGUAAAUUUUUUUGCCCUCACAAUUGAGCACGGUGCCUAGGUGUCGGAUGAAAAACUACAGUCGACUCCCGGUAACUCGAACCCUCUAUAACUCGAACUUCCCGUUAAGUCGAAGUAAUUCAAUUCAGUUCCCUUCAGAUCAUUUUCCAUAUAAUUUUACCCUCGAUAACUCCAACUCCCGAUAACUCGAACUUUUUUUUAUUUCCCUUGAAGGUUCGAGUUAUCGGGAGUCGACUGUAUUAAAAAUUAUACUUUUUUUCAAAACUUUAUUGCUACAAAAUUUAAUAUUAUCUUACUUUGACUUCAUGUAGCUGACGUGUGUGAUGUACACAAGUACGACAAAAACAGAAGGAACUGUGGAUGGAAAAGAAUCACCAAGACGGAAUGUGAAAAUAGAGGAUGCUGCUUUGAUGAUUCGAUUUAUAAGAAUUUUAUACCGACCUACGACUGCCAUUAUCCGUUGUAAGUUUAUUCUUUGGUUUAUUCUUUAAAUAAGCUCAACCGUACACAUCAUAAGGGGGACGAAAAAGAAAACCUAAAGAUUUCUCAAAGUUUUAUUUUAACUGCUCUCGAUUUACCAAAACUUUAGCCAGUGAAAGUGAAUGAACUUUAAAGGGCAUCAGUAAUUUUACCGAAUAGAGGAUGAGUGCUUAAGUAAAGCGGUACGCAUCGUGGAAAGUGAUGGUCUAUACAAAGAUAAAUAGAAAAUUUAACAACAAUAAUAAUGUUCGCCUUAAAAUCAUCCUGGACUUGAGAUGCCUGACAGGGGUGUGUCCCCAUUGCGGAAAACACCUUCCUCGAUCUGUUUUAUUCUUCAUAUCAUACCCAGCCUAAGAUAAUUCAAUAACUGUUGAAAGCUUCACGAACAAACCAAAUAACACCAGGGCUCGAGUCUCAAACUUUUCUCAUUCUUCCGAGUUCUUAACUCAUUGUUUUAGCGCAAACGACAAAAUGCUGAGUUCUACGUAAGAGCAUUGGAAAUAGAAAUGUGCAAUCAGUUUCUAAUAGAUAUUUGCUGACAAACAGGUGAUAAAUGCAAGCAAGUUGUAAAAGAUAACAUAUCUGAUUUGGAUGUUGCCUACGUCACAGGUCUUCGGGGAAGGUGUAACAGGAAUUUAGGCGUGCGAAACACGAAAAAGCUUAGCCUGUUCCAGACAUUCAAAUUGUGGAGAAGGUGCAAAAAAUAUAUGAGCUCCCUCUCCCUCUCUCCCUCCUUAUAAUUAUUUUGUUUUCUCGCUUUCUUACUUUGUGCCGCACUCCACUGUCUGAACGGCUGAGGCAGGCUAGCGAAAGCGAAAGCGAAAGCUAGGUGCGCUAAGCUCUACUAUAAGUGUGGGUCAGGAAUGUUGACAAAAGGCCUUUCGAAAGGAACCUCUCGCUCUAGGUACCGAGAAAGUUAGAAAAGAGAAUGUAUUUAAUUUUGAGGUAGCCUUUAUGGCAGAAAUGUCAAAGAGAAGAAGAAACAGAGAAAUAAGUUGUACGAGAACACAAAAGCUAGGUGCGCGACUGAGGGACGACUCGGGAAGGGUAUAAUGAAACCCCGCGUAUAAGAACCUGGGUUUUUUAGAACCUGUUAGGCUAAAAUUUUCAUUUUAAGCCCCCUCCAAAUAAGAACCUAUUAAGGCUAAAAUUCUAAGUUAGGUUCUUAAAGUAACGACAUAAAUUUCUUUUUUUCAUUUUUUAAAUGAAAUUCAUUUGAACUUAUUUUAAGUACCUUGGUAGUCUAAAUUUGCUUUUAAAGUACCAUUUAUAUAAGAACCUGUUAAGGCUGAAUUAAAAAAUCCAGGUUCUUAUAAUAAUAAUAAUAAUGGAAUUUAUAUAGCGCUUAUACAUCGCUGUUCUAAGCGCUUUACAAUGUAAAAAAGGACAUAAGAAUAUCAUUAAUCAUGAGCCUACAUUUAACACUACUGUACAUAUUGGGAAAUUUACAGUGUACACAUCUUAAAAAGGAAAGAAAACGAAAACAAAUAUGAUGAAACUAAAUGUCAUGUACCUUUUUAAAAAGAAACGUUUUCAGCUUAGAUUUAAAAAGAUUAACAUCAGAACAAGCUCGAAUUUCAAAGGGGAACUUGUUCCAUUGUCGGGGGGCAGCAACGGAAAACGCUCGCUGGCCAUAAGUUUUCAUGUUAAAAUUUGGUUCUUCAAGGCGUAAAUGAUCCCUUGAUGACCGUAAUGUCCUUGAUUGAUGGUGAAAUUUUAAAAUAUCUUCAAGAUAACGGGUACCGAAGUCAUUCAAUGUUUUAAAAGUUAUACGCGGGUUUUACUGAAACACAAGGACUUUCAAAAGGAAUCCCUCUAGGUGCCAGGUUAUGAAAACGUUGAUAAAGAGGCCAUUUCCGAGUUGCUGCGAGCCUCUGUUUCGAAGCGAGGCUAAGUGCAAAGCCUUUCAGUGAUAAGAACAUGGUUUCUUUUUGCUGUCAUGCGAAUAAAACUCACAGGUAAAAAGGUAUUUUAUGUGACCUCUUAUGAAAAUGACAGUUUUUGGAAUUGGGAAACGGUUUGUUAGAUCUUAUUUAGAGUAGAAUGGUUAUGAAACGCGGCCCUGUGUCAGACACCUUUGUUACAUGUUUUUUUUGUGGACUUGACGGUGAUCAAAGCUCAGUGGCAUUCCUAUCAUUUUUAUCUUUCUAUUAGCCAAUGGUUACUAACGUCGCAUUGAAUCGUUCGGUAACAAUUUGUGAACAACAAAACAGAGGAUUGUGCACGUCCUUCAGAGAGCUCCCAAUAUUUUAUUACCUGUCUCCGCUACUUACUAUGAUUUUAAGUUUUUAAAAUUGAAUUUAGAAAUAUGGACUAUAAUUUGGUAUUAACAUGGAAAGGAAAAAAUAAGCUUGUCUUAGUUUAUAAAAAACGAGGAUUGCUUGUUUGUUUGUUUGCUUUUUUGGGGUAAGACAACACGUGGCAAGUCGUAUGAAAUGAAACUGUCUUGUUGAUAAAAGAAGACGAGUUUUCAAGGCUGACGAAGGAGUUAGUUGAUAACAAAGUGGAGUUGGAUGUAAAAGAUGUUUUAUUGUGUUUACAUUAAAUACUUAAACGCGUGAUACGUUAUGAUUGUUAGGGACAUGCCGAAAUGCAUAGUUUCUAAAAGAGAAAAUUGUGGAUAUGGAGGAGUAACUGAUCGAGAGUGUGUGGAGAAAUUGGGCUGUUGCUGGGAUUCUUCAGUUCGCAAUGUUCCCUGGUGCUUCCACGGAAGGUAAGCUUGCUACAUUUGCGUUAUAGGGGUUGCUUAGAGUUUUUCUUAACAACGAGUAACUUUGUUAAUAUACCAAUUGUGAAAAUUAAUUCAUACUUGUCUACGGCUGAGGCUUUGCGGGUAUAAAACAAAAGAAUUGUAUAAUUAUCCAUUGAUACGCCUCAAAAUGAUUUCUUUUGUUUUAUUCCUCUAAGCCUUGGAGACAAGCAAUAAUUUUAAUAUAUCAAAAUUGUUCUAUUGUCUCAACAUUUUUACUGCAGUUAUCCUGCGAGUAGAGCCUUGAUCGAGAAGGAGAGAAGGAGGUUCUGUCUGAAUAGAUUCAUGCCUUGGAAGUGCGAGUAUUCGUUUACUGAAAAACCGAAGGAGCUGUACCUGCACUGUAGCGCACCACUAUUAAGCCUGAAUUCGAAACUGUAUUCCAGCAACAUGCAACGAAUGCUCAACAAAGAUCUCACUCGAUUCAUGUAGUCUUUCUCGAGGACGCCAAAAUCAAGCAAGCAAAAGAAAGGCUCUGCUUCCAGAGUGCAUUACAGUAAUCCUGUGUGCUUAACUUUCACCAAACAAAAGCGAUUUUAUUUUUCUUUUUUCCUUAUCCUAUCCUAAAAGGUCUUAGUAAUUCGUUCAUUUACUUUAUUUUAUCGAUAAAUUGACAUAGAUCAUUACUGUGAUGGAAAAUACCCACCUUCUACUUCCUUUAAGUCAAUGAAAAAAAAAGGGAAAAAAAACAAACACGUUCUUUGAGGUGAGAGUAUUAGAUGAUUAUAAUAAGUUUACUGUAAAUGUUCUAAAGCGUUAUACGUUAGAUACCUCAAGCAUGAAUUUGACAAACGCUUUCUUUUUUAGGGACAAAAUCGGUCGAUGCACAGUUUCUGAACGAACAAAUUGUGGAUUUAAAGGAAUUACCGCAAAACAGUGUGUAAAGGAUAGAGGCUGUUGCUGGGACUCCUCAAAACGCGGUGUUUCCUGGUGUUUUUAUGGAAAGUAAGUUUACAACUCCUCGGUAUUGUUUAUCUGGCUGUUUACUUCUUUGAAAGCGACAUUAUAUGGAGAACUCAGGGAUGCGCAAUUCUGUAAAUCAAAUCUUGGUAUUCCCUUCACAAACCUUCAAAAUGAAUUUUGUUGCCAUAAUAUAAACAACAUUUUACCUAAUGGUUUACUAUUACUAGUGACCUUAACUUUUUAUUGAUCGUGACGUUCUGACCAUGCACUUAAAGCACUAAGGCGUCAACUAUGCUGUUAUAUGGAAAUUCUAUCCAUUUUUUAAAUGUUUGUGUUUUUGUUCGCAGAUUUUAAACUGUUCUCAUGAAAGUUUAUAGGUUUCUCGAUUAAAGUUAUGUUUGUAUAUUUUCUUAAUUUAAAGGUUCAUUUCUGAGUGACUCAUCAAUCUUUGUAUUCUUAUGACAAUCGUCGCUUUUUAUCUUUUUACAGGGAUCAAAUCUGACAUCCAGACGCAACUUCGUUGCCGUGCAAUUCUUCAUCGAAUCUCUUGCGAAGUUAUAAACGUUUCAGAACUGUGGUGCAUGAAUGGAUACAAUCAUUCUAGUGGGUUAAUACACAGUAAUUGGUAAUCAUGCAAUAAAACUUAAAGUGUGCAAAUUGUCUUUGUGUGUCUAUUUUCUUUAGAUGGGUUCUCAGUAUAUGUAAUACUCGAUAGUCACUGUUUUAUGGACAGAUGAUGUCAUCACUACCUGAUACUUAAGCAAGAGCUAGGCCACCCUGACUUCCUGCAGUUUGUUAACCGACGUUAUUUCCAAAAUUGAUUUAUUUAUUAUUAUUAUUAUUAUUUAUUUAUUUGUUAAUGUAAAUUCCAACUUUACUCACGAAGCAUUAAGGACUCGUGUCCGCGCGUUCUAGAUUUAAUUUCUAUUUGGAAUUUGGGAAUGUUUUUUUUUCAAGGGGAGCACCAGGAGAAAAACAUCUCGAAGAAAGGCAGAGGAAUCUCGAAUCACAUAUCGCGGCCAUUCCGGGACCUCGAACAGGGCCACACGUUAUAAUAGGCGUUGGAUAGUUGUAUGCCAAAGUCUUACAUUCAUUUUUGAAGGGCAAUGAACUUGCAUUAAUUAUCUCACCGCAUCUGAUUUUGUCAUUAUGUCAUUAGUGUGUCACAUGACUGUAUCGUGGGCUCAGGUGUGUCCAGCGGUUUUAGUGAAAACAAAGGUUUCUGGAGGUUGCUCAGUCUCGCUGGCUCACAAACCCUUCUUUAGGUCGAUCUUCUUUUGUAUUUGCCAACUCAUUGAGAUAACGUGAUUUUUUUUUUAAGUUCUUCACUGAUCGGUUAUGGGAUUCAAGUAAUUCCAGGCUUAGAAAACGUUACUUUAGAAAAGUUUCCACAAGAGCUUCGCUCUUGGACUUGCCAUGCUUGCGAAAUCUUUAAACUAGAAAUACGCUUAUUGCACCACCUCGCGAAUCCGUAAAAGGCCCGCAGCAUGAACAAAGAGAACCAAGCCAACUAAGUAGGUAAAAAAUAUGUCAAAAAGAAACCAAAACAAAACAAGACCAUCAAAAGAGGGAAAAACAAAAGAAAUUAAAAUCGGCACGACCGAGAACCGAUUUUGGCCAAUUUACAAGCAAACACUAAAAAUUAUGGGCAAAUAACAUUAAACAAUAAACCCCAUUCAGACCCUCUGUUAACUGUACUCUUCCUCCAGUAUACAAUCAACUCCCUUUAUACCCAAUACCGGAUGCUGUAAGAACCUCUCAUUAGCGAGAGUCGGUAAUAGUGGGACUCUAUUUCAGUCAAACGUCUGCAACAUUUUUUUUGCCUGGGAUUUAGCUGCUGUUCGUAUUUCGGGGUGUGAUAAUACGGCAAGAGUUGACUGUAACAAGUUUAUAGGAUCUAAUGUUUUCUCUACUUUUACUGUGGAAAAAAAAAAAAGAAAACGGAAAAGUGUGAGCGGUUACGUUUAAUUAAGGAUUCUUUUGGUCACUGACUAAUGAGUUUUCUUAAGAAUGUUUGGUAAAUUAUUAUUGUGGCUGUAGCGACACUGCAGGAAAAGAAUUUAAUAGUUUAAACUGAAAAAGAUCUGCCCUUAUUUGACUCUGAGCAUCUCAUUUCUGCAUCAUUGAGGGCUUAAUUUUUUAAACCGGCGCUACACUUAUUAAUUUGAAAUGCAAAAAUUACUUUUAUUGAGAUAUAACUAGAAUAAUGUGUUGUUAGAAACAAUUUGAAUAUGCGGCAUGUUUUUAAUGUUUUGUCUCUCUUAAUCUCACCGAUAUUGGGUCAGUCUUUUUGAUAGCUCUGUUUUAUAAUAAUUCUGUUUUGAAGGGAACUUGUAGAGACCUUCAAAAUAAUUGACCAAACUUAAAUACGACCUUGUAAUCCAGUUUUCGGCGAGAAGGACGUACAAAUCAAAGCUUUUAUGACUUGUUUUUAUGAGACUUAUGAGCGAUACAUGAACAACUUGGUUUAGAAUCUAAACGCCGUUGAUUGUUUAACUCAAAGCAUCACAUUUAGGAAAUUAUAGCUGAAAUUUCGAGCCAAAAGUAAGGAGUGAUUCGUCACCUAUGAUAUUAUGAGGGAAAACAUCAUUUUUAAAUGCCCAAACUUAAUCUUGAAUUAUUUAAAACUUUAAUUUUAAACUUCGCGUACAUUCAUUCCAACCGGAGAAAGUUAAGUGUGUUUAUCCUCUUUCAGAAAUGAUAAUUUGUUUAUGCAAACAAAGUAAAUUCGCCACCAACUCGCCAAUUUCCUUCAUUUUCAAUUUUUGGUCACCUGUCACGUCACGUGACCAUAAUUAAAAGUUAAGGCACUAGAAAACCUCAAGAUUUACUUUUCAGGAAAAAUUCAUUUUGUUCUAGGUCUCCUAACGGGAGAUAUUGCCAACCAUUCAUACGCUCCGAACAUACAUUUCACCCAGGCCUUACACCUCUUAAGCUUUCAAAUUGACCAAUCCAAAAUAAGAACUAAAAUUGAGUUUUAUUUCAUAACUAGAGUGUUCCUCUUUAACACCUGCGCUAAUACUCAGGCUAACAACUUAGACCGCUUGCUUGUUUUACUUACGUAGAUGCGCAUAUUUUAAGGCCCAUUUUCACGGGGGGGUGAUAAUUAGCUCGCUGUGACAAACAUUAUCGAUGUUAAUAAUGUUUAUGUCAGAGCGAUGUCCUGACAAGUGAACCAUGUAAUAGUAUCCCAAGACAAGAGAGCCUCUCUUGCCCUUCAAAAAUACUGGAGUCGCAAAAGUCUGAAAACUAACUGUUUAAAAGACCACGCGCGCUAAAAAAACGUUAAAAGCUUUAUUUUGGAACUUGUUUUAAAAUAAUAAACAUCACUUUAGAUCUGCUUUGGGGCAAUUGUCUGAAAACAACAGUGCAGCUCCAAUGGUCUUAUAAUGUUCGUUUCAUAAUUUGACUGGCUCGCAGAACAAUUAAUUAGCCCUUAAGCUGUUAAUACGCAUGACAUGACUGUAAACCUCUUAAUUUUCUGAAUAAGUUAUUAGCAGCAACUUUCAAGUUGCGGCAGAGAAGGAAAAGAGGGGAACAUGAAUGUUCCCCUUCAAGUUGGGGUUUUCUUCCUACUGCUGUUUUUCUUAAAGGUUGCCUUUGCCUGCAUUGAUGGUAUGUGUUCUAAUUUCAUUUUACAAAUUUUUCUUUCUUUUUCACAUGGAAAAAGAAUCUUCCGGGGGUGAGGAAGAGUUUUAAUUCGUGUUAGUGUAGCCGCAUCACGAGUUCCCCGUCGUGAAGAUGUUCUUCAGCGGUACUAUGAAAUUCUGCUAGUCAACUUGAAAUAUUAAGAAAUAAAAUAUUUGGACUUGCAAUAUCUGGACGUCUUCCAUUCAAAUACUACGUACGUGACGGGUUUGCAGGAAAAGUAUCAAAAAUUACAGAAAAACAUUUCAAUGUAGGCAGACCAAUUAAUUCGAUUUUUAACGAUGUUUUAAAAUUAGUGUGCUAGAGUUUAUUUCUUUACUGAGAUAGAUAGAGAUAAAUACAUAGUUUAUUUACAAUCACAUCGCAACCGAGAGGUUGAAUUAGGUGAAUAUUUACAAAUAAUUAUGAUUCCUUAAAAAUACUACCACUAAUAAGUAAGGGUUAUCGGCCUGAAGCGAGGGGUUAUGUGAUUUAUUCCCCUCGUGCGUUGCCCGAAGGCAAUAACCACGAGCUGAAGGCCGAUAAACGGCUUAUUUUUACAUUGGCGAGGAUUCCUCAAAGGAUGCAAAAUAUAGUGACGAAAAAUGCCUCUAUUGUUCAUCUUUCUUUUGUUUUUUAACACUCCAUAAUGGCACUGGUUGCAUUCACAAGUUUCUCGGCUUUUUAAUUAUGUAUAAGUUUUUCAAAGUCGCAUUUCAAAUUAGUUGUUCGCAGUGAAUGCUAGAAACAGCCUAAAGAGUCAGAAGUAGAGUCGUUUAUUACUCAAACUAAAGCAGCUUCGGUGGCGAUACUGCAAUUGAGCUUCCGGAAAACAAUUAUGAAUCUUCAUUUGCGGGUGCGAACAACGCGCAAGCAGUUGACAAUUUCAAUUUUCGCACCGACGAUCUUCCGACCGACCUGCAUGUUUACAGACAAAGAAGAUUCUGGGCGAGGGAUCACUACAAGGAAAUUCAGUCGAGGAAUGAAGCAAGAAUACCACAAAACACGAAGAGGCCAACUACAUGUCUUCAUGGAGUACGCGAGUUUGGGAUGACUGGUUAA